AGCACUGUUAGCACGCAGACUACGUCUACUCUCCACGUCGAUACCAUGUCCACGGCCACCGCAAGAGCAGAGGCUCGUCGCAAAGCAAUCCUGAACAGAGGCGCGGACAGACUUUCCAAACUCACGACCUCCGCUCGAGGCGAAGACGCCCCUGCUUUCGUUCACGAUGAUCCUCCGCUCCCCUCUUUACCUCUUACUCCGAGACCCAACCUAGAUAGUUUUUUAGGAGAGGACUCUCCACGACCGCCGACCGCCGCUUCCAGGUCAUCAUCGCGCACCAUACCAGAUCCACACACGUCACCGUUCGGGGCCGCUGCCUUAAGCAGCACACCUCCAGAUCCCUCGGUAUGGUCGGAACAGCAGCAGCAGCAACUUCUGCGUGCUUUACUUGGUAGCACAGAACCUCCUUUGUCGUCUGAUGAUGCCCCUCCACUAGACGACCCCUUGCUGACCCUCGUGUCUUCCUUGGCCAAGGGUGUGCCCAACGGGCCUGGAAGCGAUCCUGCUCUACCUUCAUUCCCUAUGGAACAGCCGAAAUCGCGGGUAGAAAGGUUCAUGCCCAUUGUUCAUGUGGUGGCCAUGUGGUGUCUGGUUGCGUUUUUUGUAAUAUGGCAGGAGCCUCAAGCAUUUUAUGCUCAGACCUCGUCUGUGGUGUUGCAAGGCGGUCUCAUGAGACGGUGGGCAUCUCUGGGCAAGAGCCCCGUCUCCGCGGACAUAUGGACCGUCCAAGCUGUGCCUUUCUUUUGGGCAUUCGUUUCCCUAGAAAUUAUGUUACAUUCAUUGCGCAUAUUUUCUGGCUCA